AGUGUUAUCGAUUUUAUUUGUAGAAAUAAUUUACAAACACUUGUCGGAGUAUACUGUCGCUUCACAUUAGAAGCGUACGUGAAUUAUGUGAUGACGAUAACAUCCUCAUAAAUAACAUUCGAAUAGCCAUCUCAUUCGACGGUAAAUAACCGGAGAAAAAAAUUACGGUUGCGUUAAUAAAAAAAAUUGCUCUAGAACUAAAAUUUAAAUUAAAUUGUAAAAUGUUUCGAUUAAUAUUUUGUGUUUUUGCCACGGCUGCGGUUUAUAAUGUUAACGCGUACGAGGUGGACAUGUACGAAUUUUUAAUGCCAAAUGUAUGGCCGCACUCUGACGAAUUGUACCUCUGCACACCAAUCAGGAUCAGUCCUCGUAACAGAUUUAACAUAGUCGGCUUUCAACCCAAUGCCAGCAUGCACACCGCUCACCACAUGCUCCUCUAUGGAUGUUCUGAACCCGGAUCUAAUGACUCUGUUUGGAAUUGCGGUGAAAUGCAAAGAAAUGUUAUCGACGAAAUAUACAGUACGGCUAGUCCUUGCCGCUCCGGAUCACAAAUAGUGUACGCUUGGGCACGAGACGCUCCAAGCCUGCAUCUGCCAAAAGACGUUGGCUUUCUCGUUGGACAGGGGUCGCCUAUAAAAUACCUGGUUCUCCAAGUUCAUUACAUGCAUCGAUUCCCUAAGGGCCACACGGACAAUUCAGGUGUAUUCUUGAAGUACACUAAAGCACAUAUGCCUCGUCAAGCCGGCGUCAUACUCCUCGGCACCAGCGGUAUAAUAAUGCCCAACAUGGUGGAACAUAUGGAGACGGCCUGCACCAUGACUGAAGACAAGACGAUCCACCCGUUCGCUUUCCGUACUCACACGCAUUCGCUUGGCACCCUCGUGAGCGGCUACGUCGUCCACCGGAAUAAGGACGGAGACGAAUGGACAUUGCUCGGCAAGAAAAACCCUCAGCUGCCUCAGAUGUUCUAUCCGACAGAAAACCGAGAUCCGAUCAAGAAAAAUGAUGUACUGGCUGCUCGAUGCACCAUGAAUAAUAGCCACGAAUACGUUGUCAAGAUCGGUGCCACAAAUCAAGACGAAAUGUGCAACUUCUACCUGAUGUAUUGGGUUGAAAAUGACACGCCAUUGAAACAGAAGUACUGCUUCACGGCCGGCCCUCCAAACUACUAUUGGAGCGAAGCCCACGAGAACUUCAACUGGAUCCCGGAUCUUGAAGCGAGCACUCCUUAACUCUGAAAGGUACUUCAUACUACCACUGGCGUUACAAUGUUACACCGCGGUCGUGAGCAUCCAAAUCUUGAAAUACAAUCAAUUAAUCUAGACUAUUUACUAAUUUAAAUCAAAAAAAAAUCUUGUAUAGAAAAUUUCGGACUAUAUAGGGUGUUCUUAAAUCGAUUCCAUUAAAUUUUGGUUUAGUAAUGUUAUUAAUGUUCGUCCGUUUCGUAACCACGUGUACUCGACUCUCUUCUGUAAUCAUUAUCACCUUCACGUCAAGCCGUUUCGGUUUGAAAGAUACAGGUCUUCAAGUGUUACAGAAAGACACGAAAUUAAUAUUGAGAUAAAUAGACCAGUAAAAAAAAUACUUCGACGAAAAAUUCGGCAAAUGUAAAAUUUGCUCGUACCGAAAUUAAAUAAAGUAUUGAGUAUUAUUUCUUAAAGAAUCUGUCCUAUUUUGUUGUCAAAUCACUGAUAAACUAUUUAUUUAUGUACAUAGUUGUAUAUUAAACAAAUGAUGAUCUGUAGAAUGAAAUUCACAAGGAGCCAGAUAUAUCCGUUUUAUCGUAUCUUUGUGGGAUGUCUAUCAUCUCUUAACGAAGUCACUCGAGUUCUGACACUCCAUGAUCGUUUAGGAUAUUAUAUGGACAAAAGUAUUUGAGUAAAAAAUAAAUAAUGAAAUGGAUAUCCUACUACUUGGUUCUGAAGUCGAUUUUCAUUCGACCAAUAUUAAUAUUUUGUGAUAUAGGAGAUGUUAAAAGAAAUCAAUGAAUUAUAUUGAUAAUAUUUUUCGAAAUUAGUAUAUAACAAUUUUCAAAUAAGAAAUAUUAAGGUUUAAUUUGUAUUUUUGACCUUUGUCACUCUCAAUAAUUCACAACGUACCUUAUAUUAUUAUUGAUUUUUUUUUCGAACGAUCUGAAAUAUAAUAACGUGACA